AUGGCAAAGUGCUGGAGUACCAUGUCUUUAGUGGCUCUAGCAUUGCUAGGGUUCUUAAUUGGGACAGAGGUAGAAGCUCAGAUGGCAAAGGGCGCUACACCUCAGGCUCCUCAGGCUCCUCAAUAUCCUCAGGCUCCUCAAUAUCCUCAAGCGCCAAAGUUCCAACCUGCUCCUCCUCCUCAGGUUCCUCAGGCUCCUCAGGCUCCUCAAUAUCCUCAAGCGCCAAAGUUCCAACCGGCUCCUCAGGCUCCUCAGGCGCCAAAGUUCCAACCGGCUCCUCAGGCUCCUCAGGCUCCUCAAUAUCCUCAAGCACCAAAGUUCCAACCGGCUCCUCAGGCUCCUCAGGCGCCAAAGUUCCAACCGGCUCCUCAGGCUCCUCAGGCUCCUCAAUAUCCUCAAGCACCAAAGUUCCAACCGGCUCCUCAGGCUCCUCAGGCGCCAAAGUUCCAACCGGCUCCUCAAGCUCCUCAGGCUCCUCAAUAUCCUCAAGCGCCAAAGUUCCAACCUGCUCCUCAGGCUCCUCAGGCUCCUCAAUAUCCUCAAGCGCCAAAGUUCCAACCUGCUCCUCAGGCACCAAAGUACCCUCAAUAUGAUCAGUCCCCCCAGAAUCCACAGGUCCCUCAACCACAGCAACCGCAUCAUCCAGUGCCACAGACACCUUCUACUUACAAACCAAGUGGGGCAAAGCAACCAUCUGCCCAGAGUUGUGAAGUUGAAGGAAGUUUUAGAAUUCCAUGUGGAGCUCCUGACAUCUCAGCUGCUGGAUGUGAAUCCAUAAACUGCUGCUUCGAUGGCCGACAGUGCUACUUUGGAAAGGCAGUGACUGUCCAGUGUACCAAAGAUGCCCAGUUCAUUGUGGUAGUGGCCAAAGAUGCCACUCUGCCUAACAUUGAUCUUGAGACAAUCUCACUGAUGGAAACAGGUCAGGGCUGUUCACAUGUUGACUCUAAUUCUGGCUUCGGCAUCUAUCAAUUUCCCGUCACUGCCUGUGGCUCUGUUGUCACGGAGGAGCCUGGUGUCAUAAUCUAUGAGAACAGGAUGUCCUCCUCAUUUGAAGUUGGUGUAGGGCCUCUUGGAGCCAUUACCAGGGACAGCCAUUAUGAGUUGCUCUUCCAGUGUAGGUACACUGGCACAUCUGUUGAAACUGUGAUUGCUCAAGUAUUUCCAUUAGACAAUCCUCCUCUACCAGUUGCUGCUCUAGGACCAAUCAGAGUACACCUGAGGCUGGCUAAUGGACAAUGCAACACUAAGGGUUGUAAUGAAGCGGACGUGGCCUACAGCUCUUACUAUACAGACGCAGACUACCCUGUGACCAAAGUGCUGAGGGACCCUGUGUACGUGGAGGUUCAACUCCUUGAAAAGACUGAUCCCAACCUCGUCCUCACCCUUGGACGCUGUUGGACAACUACCAGCCCAAACCCUCACAGUCUGCCCCAGUGGGAUAUUCUGAUAGACGGGUGUCCAUACAGAGAUGAUCGCUACUUGUCAUCACUGGUUCCUGUGGGCCCCUCCUCUGGUUUGGACCUCCCAAGUCAUUACAGGCGAUUUGUUUUCAAAAUGUUUACCUUUGUGGACCCCAAUUCAAUGGAACCCAUGAGGGAACAGGUCUACAUUCACUGCAGUACAGCGGUUUGCUCUGCUGCAGGGGGCCGAUCAUGCGAACCAUCAUGCUUCAGAAACAAGAGAGAUGUCGACGCUGUGGCCCAGGAGACAGCUGAGCCAAAGGUUGUGGUUUCUGUUGGACCUGUGAUCAUUUCCGCUCCUAAGCAAUAAACGCUACAGCGUUGAGAACAAUAACAUGGAUGAAAGCAUUUCCUAAAAGAUUUGGAAUAAUAAAUAACAUUAUUCAAUUAUAUCUGGUGUUAAAUGAAUAAAACAUUUCAUAUUUAA